AUGUAAAAAUAAACUUCGUUGACUAAGUUUUUUUCAAAAAAAGCUAAAGAAUAACAUCAAUCCCCUGUAAGAACUAAAUUAAAUGAUUCUGUAAGAUUAUUAGUGAAUAUUUUGAUAGUUAUUAUUUUGUACUCCUCCAACAUAAGAAAUUUAAAGUAAGACAGAGAAUUUUAAUCCAAAAAAGAAAUUCUCUAAUAACUUAGAUAAUUGGAUUAAGAAAUCUUCCUUAUAAUAAAAGAAAUGGUAAUUUAUUCCCAGUUAUCAAAAAGGCCAUUUUUACCAAAAAAUUUAAUGUAUUAGAUUUACAAAUUUUUACAAUUAAGAGAAUGCGCCACCUGUUCUUAGGUUUGUAAAUUUUGGAUGAUUUGUUAUAAUGAUAUCUAUUUCUCAUAUAGUUUUUUUAGGGAAUUCGAAACUUCUAGGUAAUUUUAUUAGUAUAAUAUUUUAAGAUUUAACGAAAAAGAAUUAGCCACUGUGCUUAAACGAUCAAGUAAACAAUUGAAGCACAUAAAGAAAGUUCGAGAUAUCAUAAAGGGCUAAAAAAUCAGUUCAUUUUUAGAAAAAACUGAACUUAGAACAAUGUUAUCUGACAAUUCUUAAUAAUAAGGAUCCUUGUUAGAAUUAUUUAAAUUGGAACCUAAAAAAUAAUAUUCAUCAGUAUUUUUAACAGAUAAAGAUUUAAGUAGUAUUUGCACUGAAAGCUAGUAAAAUUUUUCAUGUUAAAAUUUAGUAAAUCUCUAUAAUAUAUAUAAUUGAUAAGUUGUCAAUUUAUGACUGGUAAAGGUUUUGAAAUAAUAGGAAAAUGUUCUCAAUUAACCUUAAUUAAUAUCUAAAACAAUAGCAAUUUGAAGGAUGAAAAUAUUAAGAUUAUUUUAGAAUAAGUAUUAGAACUUAAAACUUUAAUGCUCUUAAAAUGUGAUGGUUUAUCUAAUAAUAUAUUUGAAACAAUAGGAAACAAUUGUAAGAAACUUGAAAGACUUGAUAUUGGUUGCAAUCCAUAAUUGGAUCUAACUAAAGUAAUUAAAAAUAAGAUGUUAUGCUUUUAGUGCAGUUGUUUGAAGAAGAUUGGGACUUUACAAUCAUUAUCAAUCAAAGAUAAUUAUGUAACAAACGAGGCGUUAGAAAUUAUCAUAACUAAUCUUUAUAAAUUACAUAGUUUAAAUUUAGAAGGUUGUUAAGAAAUAAAUACAUAUUCUUUAUUGCAAAUUUAGAAAUUAAAUUUGAAGAGAAUAAAUUUGAAAAAAAUUUAAUUCAAAGAAGAGGGUAUUAUUAUUAUAUAAUUAUAAUUUUGUAGAUAUCUACAAUUUUAUUAUGAAUGCAUAGAGCAUCAAAUUAUUGCUUGUGAAUAAUAAUUUAUUAAGUACUCGUGUAGAAAAGAUUAUCCUUUCUAGAUAAUGA